GGAUAGGCUGGGAGUUUGGUUGGAGCAGUCAGCGGGUCGGGACAAGGCACGAGAAAGGGGGGAAGCGAAGAACCGAUUAUUAACUUCAGGCUUGCGAGCGUCUGAAUGUUGGGCAGGAAAUUUUAACCUAGGCACAGACAGUUUGUUCGAAUCGGAGAUCACGGAUCCGAGCGACGCGGAUGACAAAGGAGUAUCGCAGGGCAAACUUUUUCAGCCGGGUGUGAUCGCACAUAAAAACCUGACGGGGAUAACUGCUUUUCUUUUUAACGGAUCCAUAAAAGAAGAGGACAUCAUGCCACGGCGCACCGUGCAAGAAGUAACUGUUCAAGAUGUCCAGAAGCGGAGGAAUCCGAACAAACACUACGUUUACAUCAUCAAAGUGUCCUGGAGCGAUGGCAGCACAGAAACCAUUUACAGACGCUACAGCAAGUUCUUUGACCUGCAGAUGGAAUUGCUGGACAAAUUCCCAGUGGAGGGAGGCCAGAAAGACCCUAAGCGCCGAAUCAUUCCGUUCCUGCCAGGGAAGAUUUUGUUUAGGAGGAGCCAUAUCAGAGAUGUGGCAAUGAAAAGGUUGAGGCCCAUCAACGAAUACUGCAGGGCCCUCAUUCAGCUCCCAGUCUACAUCUCCCAGUGCGAGGAGGUCAGAGUGUUUUUUGAAACCCGACCCGAAGACCUCAACCCACCCAAGGAGGAACCCAUUGGGAAGAAGAAAUCAGGGUUUGUGGAGAGAGCAACUACUUUCCUAAAGCGAGGAGACUCCUCCUCAGCAGACCCUCUCCUCCUUGACCAGUAUGUGGCAGUAACAGACUAUGAGAAGCAGGAGAGCUCUGAGAUAAGCCUGCAUGUGGGGCAGGUGGUGGAGGUCAUUGAGAAAAAUGAGUCUGGGUGGUGGUUUGUGAGCUCAGAAGAUGCCCAGGGCUGGGUCCCUGCCACCUGCCUUGAGGCACAGGAUGACCCCGAUGACUUCAGUCUUCCAGGGGAAGAAGUGCCACGGAGAUUCUGGUCACUGCCAAGGCAUAUGGGUCGUCGCAGAACUUUAGGGGAUCUAUUCAGCACAGGCUUUGGGCAAGAAGAGAAGUAUUCAGUGAUUUACCCGUACUCGGCCAGAGACCAGGAUGAGAUCGACCUGGAGAAAGGCAUGAUUGUUGAGGUUAUUCAGAAGAACUUGGAAGGCUGGUGGAAGAUCAGGUACCAGGGCCGUGAGGGCUGGGCCCCAGCGUCCUACCUAAAGAAGACUGAGAAGCAGUCGGCAGGCGCCGCUCCUCAUGCCAGUACAAAUGACCUAGACGGGCUUUCUAAACAAAUCCAGCAAAACAACGCAGCCAGAGAGAACCAAGAGAAUAGCCAGAAGGAAAACAGGCUCUCAGUUUUCUCUGAUAACAACAAAAGCAAGGUGGGAUCAAGACACAGACCUCCUCCACGCAGAGACCUUACCAUUCCACGUGGUGCAAACUUACCCAAGCCACCCAUUCCUCCCCAAGUUGAGGAAGAGUUCUACACCAUAGCAGACUUCCAGACCACCAUCCCUGACGGGAUCAGCUUCCAAGCUGGAGUCAAAGUUGAGGUGAUUGAGAAGAAUGCAAGUGGUUGGUGGUACAUCCAGAUAGAUGACAAAGAAGGCUGGGCACCUGCCACUUUUAUUGACAAGUACAAGAAAACCAGCAAUGCUUUGCGACCAAAUUUCCUUGCCCCGUUGCCUAAUGAGAUGGAAAAGCUCAGGCUGGAGGAUGGUGGUGGUUCAAAUGUUUCAGGCACAGAUGACAACUGGUCCAAGCCUUUACCAGAUGAGCCAGCUGCAGCCUCUGAGUCCUGUACCCGACCUAAGCUCAGAGAUUGGAAGUCCAGUGCCAGCAAGGGGGCCUCCGCUUUCUCUGGGCCUUUACCCCCUGCCCCAGCUGCCCCUCCUGUUGAGGAGAAACCAGCUCUGCCGCCUCGAAGAGAGUCCAUUAAUAAGAGUUUUGAAUUGGAGGUAGCAGAGAAGUCAAGGCCUGAUAAUUCAAAACCUUUGCCUCCAAAACCCCCAGCUCCUGGAGUCAUCAUGCCACUGGUUACACCUAAAGCCGCCCCCUUUAAACCAGACAAACCCCCAGAGACCAAGAAAGAUGAAAAGAGCAAACCUCUUCACCUUCGGAAUGAGAUGGGUCUUGAAUGUGGCCACAAGCUCUCUGCCAAAGAGGUGAAGAAGUUUAAUCUGAAACCUGUACCUAAACAGCCUCCAAAACCCAAGUCAGAAGUGCAGGAGGAGAAAACCGAGGCACCAGGCCCAGCUGCGUUUAUGAAGGCCAAGCCAGUGGUCCGACCUAAACCUGUUCCAGCUGCCAAGCCAGAUCCACCAGCAGAGAACAAAGUAGACAUCACCAAUUUGAGAAGCAAGUUGAGACCAUCAAAACCUGCAGAUCUUGGCUCUGGCUCAACAGAGGUUAACCAUCAGAAUGACACCUCAUCAGCAAUAAAUUCCCACACAAGUUCACCCCCUAGCUCUCCACCAGUGAGCAUCCCUGCUCUCAAUAAUGGUAAGUAUUCUAAUGAGCCAAAACUUCCCCCCAAACACAUUAAUGGUCAUAGCCACGAGAGCUCAUCACCCCCUGCAAAACCAGCAGUGCCUCCCCACAAGGAACCCCCUCAGAGACCCCUUGCCAUGGUUCCAAAAAGACCUCCUCCUCCAAAGAAAACUGAUCCAUCGAGCCCAACUGAACUUAAAUCUCCACCCACUCUAAAAGAAGCCCAGGAUCUUCCUAAGGCUGGGCCACCACAACUCAGCAGACCCCCUCCCCCAAAACCCAAAGGGUUUCAGGCACCAGCGAACAAAGAGAAGGAGGAGUCCAAGGUGAAUAAACUCCCAAUUCCUCCAAAGCCCCAGCUGAAGAGUGAGAAGCCCGGGCCACCCAAGGACAAGCUUCCACCUUUACUCAAGGAGCCCAGUAAGGAUGAGCUGUAUCUUGCUGUGGCAGACUUUGAAGGGGAUGAACAAACGUCCAGCUUCAAGGUGGGCACAGUGUUUGAGGUUUUGGAAAAAAACAGCAGUGGCUGGUGGUUCUGUAAAAAUGUAGGAGAAGAAGUCGAGAGCUGGAUCCCCUCGAAUUACCUGAGCAAGAAACCUUAGGUAGUAAAUGUGUUCUUACAUACGACCAUAUGAACAAAUAGGUAAAUUAAUGAUUUAAAUGAACAAGAUAUCACUAGUUUCUUGCUACUUAGCCUUUUUUUUUAUUAUUAUUAUUUUAUUUAUAGGUACCUUUUUUUUUUUACUGACUCAUUUUGUUACAUUUCAUUUUUAUAACAGUAUUUUACCUACCAACGGAACCAGCAAUAACACCUGACCUUGUUGGGUUUUGUAAUGUUUACUUAUUUUUGUUCAUUUUAUGUCGAUUAUAUACGAAAUCUUAGGUUAAAAGAAAAAAAAAAAAAAGUAACUUGCCUUUGCUGCCGUAUGUUAGUCACAGUGUCAGUCUUGCCAUUUCUCGGGCUAGAAACUAGAACAGCGGUAAAUGUAUCUACACCCCUGCCUUUUAUGAUAUGGUGCCUCAAUAUUAUAUGCGAAGUGCUUCAGUGCUUAUCAAACCAUAUGCAAUGGUAGACGUAGUCCGUAUUGGAAUCAUUUGACUAUAAAAAUCAAGAACCCACAUCGCAAGAGUGUAGACUAGAUGCUUAAAUUAGCUCACUGGGGGUGUUCAUCGACUACAUCUGGACUUUCAAGUGCUGUUAGUUGGUUAUCUGUUCGCCAAGUGUUAUUUUAGAGACGUGCAUAUUAGCUUUUCUGUAUUGUAUUGCUUUUAUUCUGGCUGCAUAUUUAAUGUUGCAAUGAAUUGUAACAUAUGUGCACUUUCAGUCUUUUCAGCUGAAGUUUAAGGUUUGCACACACUGAAAGAAAGGGGAGGAUGCCACAGUGCAUUUAGUUUUAUAAUAAGACUGCUUUUCUUUUCCUCUUUUUUUUUUAAAUCCUCACUGUAGCAAAGAGGCUAGAUUAUCCAAACCAAGAAGGCGAGAAGGGGGGGCUAUCAAAGUGUUUUAACACAAUUCUGUUCUCACAGCUGAAAGUGGGACUUGUAAAAUGUGAAUGGCAGAGCACAUCUGACCAUAGAAAUUGAAUACCUACAGUAAUUUGUGCAAUGAUUUUACAGUAUUGUAUGUGUACAAUCUGUUUGAAACCGAAGUGUGGUGCUCAGAUAACCAAGUAUAUGAUCAUUGUAUAAAAUUAACGUUUUACAUUAAUGCUUGACUGGUCUCAAGCGUGUUCAGUGAAACAUAAUUUUUUUAUUGUACAGAAAAGAGUCAUAUCUUAACUAUUUUCACUUUUAUUUGUUGUACCAUCUAAUAACCCUCUGUACUGAUCAGAGGGUUAGGAUAAGAAGAAAGUUACAAGAAGGUAUUUGGUUGUUGAUUUAUAGGAUUGCACAGGAUUUUCAUUUCUGUUUAGAUAAAUAAAAUAUUAGGUAAUUAAGGAAACACAUGAGAAAACUGGCUGGUAAUUUGACAAGUGGUCCAGUAUACACACACACACACACACACACACACACACGCAUAUCUCAGCUGUUUACAAGUAACCAGUUGUCCACUAAAUAUGGUCAUAGCUCUGGAUAUAAUUAGACAAGGCUGCAAGCUAUAAGACCCACUCUGUUCUGCUUGUAGUUGCUAUAAUGUUGUCAUCUUCCAGCCAUACCAAAGUAUGUUACCAACUUAAAAAAAAAAAAGUUCAGUUUUAUUUCGUGGUAAAGGACAGGGACGUGCAGUACAAUGCAAGGCAAGUGUAUACAGUAGGUUGAUGGUGUUAUUUUCAGUAUUGUAAACUGUUUACUUUUUUUGCUA